AUGCUGGAGCCUGGUGAUGUCAGGUUGGUGGGAGGAGCCAGUCGCUGUGCAGGUAUACUGGAGCUGAAACAUCUGGGAGAAUGGAGACCAGUCAUUGGCUCAUUCUAUGUUGUGACCGCGAAAGUAGCAGCUGUCUUCUGUGAACAUCUGGACUGUGGCUCUGUUGUUAAUGUAGAAAAACAAUAUGAGUCCACUAGGAGAUCUGUGUGGAGGAUCGAAAUUGCUAAUCCUAGAUCUGCUCUGAGGGACGUUACAAAUUCAGCUGAAUCUUCCUACAUUCUGCAUGCCACCUGCUUAGACUCUGUCAGGCUACUCAAUGGUUCCAAUCUGUGUUCAGGCAGACUGCAGGUGAAGUCUAACCAGAAAUGGUUCUCAGUGUGUGAAGCUGACUUUGACCUGCAGGAUGCAGAGGUGGUCUGUAGGGAGCUUGGCUGCGGGCCUCCUUCAGUCCUCCAGAGGGCACUCUAUGGAGAAGUGGAGGCUCCAGUGUGGAGCAAAGAGUUCCAGUGUGAAGGCCAUGAGUCUGCUCUCCUGGACUGUAGAAGCUCAAGCUCAGCUAGAAACAGCUGCUCGCCUGGCAAAGCUGUUGGACUCACCUGCUCAGAGUCUCUCGGGCUGGUGGGAGGAGCCAGUCGCUGUGCAGGUGCACUGGAGUUCAAACAUCUGGAAGAGUGGAGACAAAUUCAGGAAGGGUGUCGGAGAGCUGGCAACAUGGAUUACCUUUCCCGCCUUCAUCAGCAGGCAGUCACGACAAACAUGUCCCAGCUGCCGCACCUCCAACACUUCUGCACCAACAUUUAUGCAGCCCCCGACUCUGUCAGGCUGCUGAAUGGUUCCAGUCUGUGUUCAGGCAGACUGCAGGUGAAGUCUAACCAGAAAUGGUCCUCAGUGUGUGAAGCUGACUUUGACCUGCAGGAUGCAGAGGUGGUCUGUAGGGAGUUUAGCUGUGGGCCUCCUUUGGUCCUCCAAGGAGGGCUCUAUGGAGAAGUGGAGGCUCCAGUGUGGAGCAAAGAGUUCCAGUGUGAAGGCCAUGAGUCUGCUCUCCUGGACUGUAGAAGCGCAGGCUCAGCUAGAAACAGCUGCUCACCUGGCAAAGCUGUUGGACUCACCUGCUCAGAGCCUGUCAGAUUGGUUGGAGGAGCAAGUCGCUGUGCAGGUACACUGGAGUUCAACCACCAGGGAAACUGGAGCCCAGUAUCUGGUUUUGGCUGGAGCCUGAAGGAAGCAGCUGUUGUCUGUGAACAUCUGGGCUGUGGCUCUGUUGUUUUUGUAGGACAGAGAGACGACUACUUAAGGGGAGAUCGUAUGAACAUCAACCCUGACUGUGUUCAUUCUGGACCUGCUCUGAAGGACUGUGCAACAUUAGGUUACUCCAGUUACGACUUGGAUCUCAAGUGUUCAGACUCUGUCAGGCUGCUGAAUGGUUCCAAUCUGUGUUCAGGCAGAUUGCAGGUGAAGUCUAACCAGGAAUGGUCCUCAGUGUGUGAAGCUGACUUUGACCUGCAGGAUGCAGAGGUGGUCUGUAGGGAGUUUGGCUGUGGGCCUCCUUCAGUCCUCCAGAGGGCGCUCUAUGGAGAAGUGGAGGCUCCAGUGUGGAGCAAAGAGUUCCAGUGUGGAGGCCAUGAGUCUGCUCUCCUGGACUGUAGAAGCUCAGGCUCAGCUAGACACAGCUGCUCAUCUGGCAAAGCUGUUGGACUCACCUGCUCAGAGUCUCAUGUCAGGUUGUUGGGAGGAGCCAGUCGCUGUGCAGGUACACUGGAGGUGAAACACCUGGAAGAAUGGAGACCAGUGCAUGGCUCUGAUUGGACCCUGAAGGAAGCAGCUGUUGUUUGUGAACAUCUGGACUGUGGCUCUGCUGUUUAUGUAGGAGAGAGAGAAGACUUCUCAUACAGAUCCGUGUGGGAGAUCAAACCUGACUGUGUUCACUGUGGUCAAAUUGAGUGCGCAACAUCAACUCCUUUAUCCUCCAUCCUGGAUCUCACCUGCUCCGACUCUGUCAGGCUGCUCAAUGGUUCCAAUCUGUGUUCAGGCAGACUGCAGGUGAAGUCUAAUCAGAAAUGGUCCUCAGUGUGUGAAGCUGACUUUGACCUGCAGGAUGCAGAGGUGGUCUGUAGGGAGUUUGGCUGUGGGCCUCCUUUGGUCCUCCAAGGGGCGCUCUAUGGAGAAGUGGAGGCUCCAGUGUGGAGCAAAGAGUUCCAGUGUGGAGGCCAUGAGUCUGCUCUCCUGGACUGUAGAAGCUCAGGCUCAGCUAGACACAGCUGCUCGCCUGGCAAAGCUGUUGGACUCACCUGCUCAGCGCUUGUUGAUGUCAGGUUGGAGGGAGGAGCCAGUCGCUGUGCAGGUACACUGGAGGUGAAAGUGAGAGAAUGGAGACCACUGGCUGACUAUGGCUUAUUCCGAGAAGAUGGAUAUCUUACCUGCGAACAUCUGAACUGUGAAGUGCUGGUUCAGCCAAUCAUCUCUGUGUCUUCCUCUAUGGAUAUGGUGUCUGAAGCCCAGCAGCAUUGGCUUCAGCUUUUUAGAGGCUCCAGCUUCAACAUCAGCUGCUCCAUUCAGCCACAGUACCCUGGAGGCUUCUUCCAGCUCACCUUCACUUCCUCCAACACAUCAUACAACUACACCCGGCCAGCUGUCAAUCACUCUGCCCACUUCCUGUUUCCUGCUGCAGAGCCCGCCCACCAAGGAAGUUACAGCUGUCUUUAUCACGUACACGCUUUGUCACAUAGCUUCUACUCUGAAAGCCACCAGCUGUCUGUGUCUGUCUCAGAUCCCACAGGUUUCAUCAUCAGAGCGGUCGUCCUACCACUGAUUCUGCUGCUGGAGAAUCUUGUCCUGUAUUUCUACUGUAAGGCCAGCAGGGGGAGGAAGCUGGGCAAACAGGAGAACAUUGAGCUGGUUGACCGAAACCUCGGUGGUGGUGCAGCUGAAGGAGGGCCGGCUGAAGAGGAAGGAGUUCAGGGAGCAGAAGAGGACCUCUGA